AUGUCCUACAGUCACAUUUUGGAUGAGAUUUUUGCCGAGAGAAACGACAGGUUUGAGAAGUAUGGCAUACACGAGAAACGGGAACAAUGGAACGCUUACAAUGAGCUUUUGCGUACGGCAGUUGAAGAAUGCUUAGAGCAGAUUAAAAGUUCUCCAACCAACACGAAGGAAUUUCAAGCUUGGGCAGAUCUUUCAGACCCGAGAAAGAAGAAGCUCAUUCUUGACAUCUACAAAAUGGAAGAAGACGACCAAGAGGAGACAAAUGGGAUGUAUUACCCCGGCAAGCUACGACUCGGGAUAAAAAGCGAACUUCAGUGUCAUUUGGUCAGUCUUUCGUCAAGUUUCGUUUCAAACCCGUUCUAUAAUAAGUCAUGCCAGAAAUUUGCCGCAAAAAGAAGAAACGAUACUACUCGCACUGGAGAGCCACUAGUCGAUUACACCUUCGCAGACUCACAAAAGGAUUUUGACCGGUGGUUGAAAAAAUUCUCGAAAAAACUUAAAGGCAAAGCCAAGCCAAAAACUGACAUCUCUUCUCUGGAAGCUCAGACAGCAGCAAACUAA